AUGGCUCCAUUGUGGUAUACUGCUGGGAGCACGCUGCUGCUGUCGUCGCUUAGUGCGGCGGCUUGGCCAUACUCGACCUAUACUUCGAUGAGCUUCCAGCCUCCUAAGCUCGAAGUCAACAAGACCGGCACUACUGAGCCGGGUUAUCUCUUCCUUGGUCCUCGUGGUGGUGUCCAGCCUGCUGGUCAAGCGGCACUAAUUUACGACGACGAAGGCAACCUGAUCUACGAAGGCCCUGAAGAGGUAACCGCCAACUUCCGUGUCCAAAAACUGAAUGGCCAAGAUGUUGUCACCUUCUGGUCCGGCACUAUGAUGGAUCUGGGCUUUGGGUACGGUGCGGUGCAUAUCCUCGACAACACCUACAAGGAGAUCCACACCGUCACUUUGACUGGCGCCUUCGUCACUCCGGACAACUCGCCCAGGGACUCGUACAUUGACCUGCAUGAGAGCCACAUCACUUCUCGCAACACGCUGCUGGUAACUGCUUACAAUGUGACCCAGCACGACCUUACCUCCCUCGGUGGAAAUUCUUCAGAGUGGAUGCUCGAUAGCCACUUCUACGAGAUCGACAUCUCCACUAACCAGAUUCUUUACUCAUGGAGUGCCCUUGACCACGAGGACCAGAUUCCUUUGAACUCCUCCCACCAGAAGCUGGGCGCCGACGUCGGCUCCCAGGAGAAGCCUUACGAUGCCUACCACAUCAACUCUAUCACUGCCACCAACAACGGGUACAUGGUAUCCUUGCGCCACAUGUGGUCCGGCUAUUAUCUCUUCCCCAACGGCAGCAUCGAAUGGCAGCUGGACGGCGCGAACGGUGGCGACUUCGCACAGGUCGGCAGCGCGACUUUCAGCUGGCAGCACGACCUGCGUGUGUACAACGAGACCGACGAGGGCCUGGUUCUCAACCUAUUCAACAACGCCAACACCCCAACUGACUCUGAGACUCCAACCACUGGCGUAAGCCUGGCCAUUGACCUAGUGAACAAGAAAGUCACUGGCCUACGUUCCCUAACUGACCCGAACGACCCUAUUCACUCAGUCAGCCAAGGCAGCUACCAGCUGCUCAACGAGGCCGACGGACACGUCUUCAUGGACUACGGGUCUAUCUCUAAAGUCAAAGAGUUCGACGGUGACGGCAACGUUGUGUUCAGUGCACAGUUCGGUCCAGAUAAUGCUGUCGCCUCGUACCGCGGCUACCGCUGCCAGUGGAGCGCCGUUCCUUUCUGGAAGCCCUCUCUGACGGUGAACAAGACUAGCGACGAUGCCACUGUCUAUAUGAGCUGGAAUGGUGCUACUGACUAUGAUAACUGGGUUGUCUACUCGGCCGCCUCUGCCACCUCGGCCAAUAGGACGCAGAUUGGCACUGCGAAGCGGACUGGCUUUGAGACUGCGGUUACUCUUGAUAGUCCGCCCUCUAACUCUAUUCAGGUUGUUGCCCGUCAGGGUUCAACGGUUCUUGGUACCUCCGAGAUUGUCUCUUUCUAA